AUCAGCAAUGGAAUUACCAGAUCUUUUAAGAGAUAUUGCAACAGCUAUAGACCGUGUUGAAAUAUAUGUUGAUGGAAAUAGAUCAUUUGACCUCAAAAACACUUUGAAUGGAAUACGAAUAAAAUUAGCAACUAUUCGUAUUCAUAUGCAAAGG